AUGACCCGCUGGGAAAAGCUUGGCGCCGCCGAUGCCUGGAGUGAUAUAAUUGCGGAUUGGAAGGACUACCGAGACAAGUUUGAUAAAGACAUCAGUGAUCGGUUCUCCUCACAGAUUUUAUACUUCCUUGGCAACUCCGAUGGGGCAAAAUGCCAUCGUAUUGAAGAGGACUCUAAUUGCGUGCAGACUCGAAGCUACUCGGAAUUCGAGGUUGAGACGAAUAAUAAGACAGGUGCUACGGCUGUGCUCAUCUGGAACUCUAUUGUCGCGAUUCAUCAGGUAAUCACUAUCUCUAACCCCCCGCGCAGUCUGAUCGCCUUGGGUGUGCUAACAGUUGGCGGGAAAUUCUUCGAUGAUGUGCUGGCGGGAAUACCUGCGAUGGCCGCUAAGACCGACGCCUCGAGAGAUCACCAUAAGUCGGCCUUGAACGCCAUCCUUACCAGUCCUAUCACGAUUACAACGAAUCUGAAGGGCGAUUCGGACGUAGAUGACUGGACACCCGAAAAGCAAGCCGAGUUCUCUAAGUACAUGGGUCAGAGUCUUAAAGCUUGGGAACUCACCACCAUGAUAGCGGACGGACGCCUGCUCGACGGUAUUCCGGAAGACAUCCCCUAUCCGAAGAAGAUAAAGCGUAAGGAUAAGGGGAUCGAAGCGUUAGAUGCUUAG